AUCAACGAAGCUGAACUAUAAUCAUUCACUGUAUGUCUUCCCUAAGGCUGUUAGUCCGAACGCGAUGAUAUUUUAAUUGAGACUGCUGCAUUAUAUAUCUCUCUAUUCCCACCAAGUCCAGACCAUCCUCGCUCUGUUUCCAAACUCACUCCCCCGGAAACUAUGGACGUCGCCUACGAUCACAUCCAAGAGGAAAUCCUCGCAUCUCCCGAGAAUGACAAAGAUUCCAAACCCGGAGACGCUGACCCUUCCGAGACUUCGAGCCGGCAUCAUCUAGGGGCUGAAUUCCAAGAAACCUUCAACGCUUUCUCGGCGAGCCCAUGGGGCGCCCGGCUCGGCGGGCUAUGGGGAAAUGUCCGGCGGCAAGGGGAAAGCUAUUACGAAGAAGCAAGACAAGAAUAUUCCACUGCGAGUCAGGAAGCUAUUAGGGGAUUUAGCGAUUUGAGAAACUCGAUAAUAGGACGAACGAGAGGGCUGUCGUUGGGUGGGUUUGGUGCCGGUGGCGAGGGUGACGACGAUAAGGAUAAAGCUGUUGGUUCGACGACGCCGACAUCUCCAAAGGCCGGUGAUUCAUUGAAGGGCUCAGCUACAGAUGGUGCAGGGGAGACACAAGACGCUGAUGGGAAUGGCUUCAUUUCUCGAUUCCGCGCAGAAGCGGCGAAACGAUUGAAGGAUAUUGAAAGGGCAGAAGACGCUGCCGACGAGGCGUUGCUGAGAUUCGGAAAUAAUAUUCGGAACUUUUUGCGUGAUGCUGUCACUAUUUCACCCCCGGAAGAGGGCGGCCAGAAUACAUCGGGCAAGGUGCUAUUCGAGAGCAGAGAUGCGGAUGGAAAAAGGGUGAUCCAUACGACCAGAUUCGAAGCACAACUACACGCCAUCCAUUCAAACUUAGAAAGCUUUUCCAAGGAUCCUGACGGUGGUGAAUGGGGUAAAUGGAAAGAUGAGUUCAAGAUUGAUAGUAAAACUGAUGUUAUAUCCAAGGAUCUGGAGACUUAUCCGGAAUUAAGACGAGCGAUGGAGAACCUCGUGCCAGAAAAGGUGGAAUACGCAGACUUUUGGAGAAGGUACUACUUCUUGCGAAUGGUUAUUGAAACAGAAGAAAAGCGCCGAAAAGAACUAUUGCAAGCAUCCACAGCUGGUGAUGAUGAAGAGGUCGCCUGGGACGAGGAUUCUGAAUCCGAGCCUGAGUCUCCGACCACACCACAAGUCAAAAUCAACAAGGCAUCUGAGCCGCCAGGCGCGUCUUCCUUACCAACUUCCUCAUCAAUGUCAAAUGAGAAUCUGAAGCCAUUGGAAUCGCGGAAUUCCAACGACCAGCAGUCGCAGGCUGAUAGCGAUGCAAGCUACGAUCUUGUUAGUGGUGCAACUAGCCGGACACCAGGGAGCCCAAAGGAAACGGAAAAGUCUGCAACGUCUCCUGCGAAAGCAGUGGAGGAUAGCAGUGAUGAAGAGGAUUGGGAGUGAAUUGACUUGGAAUGCCUCAGUUUUUGUGAUCAGGUUUUCUGUUUAUUUCACUUUUAUACUCAUCGAAGUUUGCAAGUAGCUGCUUCUAUCCACACAGGCCCUCUUUAAUAUCCGAAUGGAAUCUCUUAUGAGCGGCAAGGAAGUGUGUUACUGCAUCAGCCCACAAA